CCCUCUCCUUCCUCUCACACACAGGCCUCUGAGUUUUACUUUGCAGAGAAGUUUUCAAACAGUGCAGAUAGUCGGUGAGACACAGGCUAGGUUUUAUUUCUCAGUUCUGUCAGGACCUGACUGGGUUUUUUAUCUUGUAUCUAGAGAUGUUAAUCAGGGAGCAAACCCAAACAUGAGGAUAACUCAACUUUUUUCUUCACUUCUGGUGUCAUCUGGACAAGGAAGAUUUUAGUGAGCCAGAGACUUAAUGUUCAUCACCUUGAAGGCCCAGGACUCUCUUACUUGUCAUUCGGAGUAAUCACCUUCCGCUACUCUGCUGUGGAAUAGUCUGAUUUUUUAAGUGAAUUGGUUUGUGUACAGCUUUCCUCCUGGAUUACUUGUGGAGAUUAGUGAUGGGGAAUGCGGCCGCAGGGGGCUUGGAGCUAGAGGCGGCUGAGGGCAGAGAGGCCAGGAACUCAGUUUCGGCGAUGAGCGACCCCACACUGUCUUUGCAGAAGAAGCAAUCUCCUUCACCAAAACUUCCAAUGCCCCCAGAAGAGGAGCUGGAGGAGCGCUUCAAUGUGGUGCUGAGCUACAUGAAUUUGCCUCCUGACAAACUUAAGCUGUUGAGUCAAUACGACAACGACAAGAAAUGGGAAUUAGUCUGCGAUCAGGAGCGCUUCCAAGUGAAGAGCCCCCCCUCCACUUACUUGUCCAAGAUAAAGAGCUUCUACCAAGAUCAAGGAGGGGUGUCCCGCAGGUCGAAGAAAAAAAUUCAAGAUGCCACCCAGGUCCUUAAAGCCUUGGAGAUAUCCCUUCGUACUAAUCACAUUGGGUGGGCUCAGGAAUUUCUUAAUGAGCAGAACAAAGGUUUGGAUGUCCUGGUGGAAUACCUGUCCCAUGCUCAAAGUGAUACUUCAUUUGAUUUGGAGACCGUGGAAAACGGUGGCACCCUGUCAGACAGACAAAAACCAGCAGAGCGGUCAAUGGAAGAUUUGACCAAGAACUCUAGCGGGGGUCACUCGCAUGGCAUGAGCAGAGCUGCACGGGCCCUAACUGUAAGAAUAAGCUCUACUCUGGCAAACAGGAUGCAUAAGAAGUCACAUUUAUCCCAGCGGAGAGAUGAUAUACAUGUGUGCAUUAUGUGCUUAAGGGCCAUCAUGAACUACCAGUCUGGUUUUAACCUUGUGAUGACUCACCCACGCUGUGUGAAUGAGAUCACGCUCAGCCUCAACAGCAAAAAUCCCAGGACCAAAGCUCUAGUCUUGGAGUUGCUGGCUGCCGUUUGUCUUGUCAGAGGAGGGCACGACAUCAUUCUCUCCGCUUUUGACAAUUUUAAGGAGGUGAGCAAAGAGAGGAACCGCUUUGAGAAGCUGAUGGAGUAUUUCAUCAAUGAUGACAACAACAUUGACUUUAUGGUGGCCUGCAUGCAGUUCAUAAACAUUGUGGUCCAUUCAGUGGAGAACAUGAACUUCCGAGUUCAUCUACAGUACGAGUUCACACAUCUUGGAUUAGACAAAUAUCUGGAGAGUCUGAAACAGACUGAAAGCGAGAAGCUGAAAGUCCAGAUUCAGGCCUACUUGGACAACGUGUUAGAUGUUGGCGCUCUGCUGGAGGAUGCCGAGAACAGAGGAGGGGUACUGGAGCAUGUGGAUGAACUGCAGAAUCACAACAUUCAGCUGAACUCCCAGCUUGAGGAGCUGGAGACUCAGACCACAGACAGGAUAUCUGAACUGGAGACUCAGCUUAUCCAGGCCACAAAGGAAGCUGAGCUGCUUAAAGAAAGCCUCCGUGAGUCGUGUUCCCAGGUCAGCUCUUUGCAGCAGAGAGAGCGAGAGCGGGAGCUGGACAGGGAGCGGGAGCGGGACAGGGAGCGUCGGGGCUCCUCUGUCGGUCAGUCACACUCUGAGCUGGAGCAGAAGAUCCAGGAGCUGCAGCACAAGGGGGUGAUCAAACUCGGACGCACUCCGUCAGGAGGCCUCGACAUCCAGGUUGUGCCUGUGAAAGUUGUUGAGUAUGUCCAAAGCCCGGCUUCAUCCACCGAACCAAGCAUCCAAACCUCAGCACCCACCACAGCUGGUGGUCCAGGGGAGACUGCGACUCCUCCUCCCCCACCUCCUCCUCCAUCAGAUGGAAGUUCUGUUGCUCCGCCUCCUCCUCCUCCGCCCCCUCCCCCGCCCGGAGCAGGUCCACCGCCACCUCCUCCACCUCCACCUGGUGUGGGAGCCCCACCACCUCCUCCUCCCCCACCUGGUGCUGGACCCCCUCCUCCUCCUCCCCCACCUGGUGCUGGACCCCCUCCUCCGCCUCCCCCACCCGGUGCUGGACCCCCACCUCCUCCUCCUCCACCUGGUGGUGGACCCCCACCUCCUUCUGGAGCUCCAAAUGCCCAAUCUGGGUUCAAGACUAAGAAGCCGAUUCAGACUAAGUACAGGAUGCCUUUGUUGAACUGGCAGGCUUUAAAACCAAACCAAGUAACUGGCACAGUGUUUAAUGAGCUAGAUGACGAACAGAUCCUAGGGGAGCUGAACAUGGAAAUAUUUGAGGAACAGUUCAAGACAAGGUCACAGGGAAGUUCUGCAGAUCUAUCCAAGGUUAAGAAAAAGAUGGCACAAAAGGCUCCUACCAAGACAUCACUUAUUGAUGCAAACAAGGCUAAGAAUCUAGCCAUCACUCUCCGCAAGGGCGGAAUGGACCCAUCGGCUAUCUGCACAGCCAUAGAGACGUACGACCAGCAAUCUCUGUCCAUAGACUUCCUGGAAUUACUUGAACACUUCAUCCCAUCAGACUUUGAGAUGAAACUUCUUGUAAACUAUGAGAAAGAAGGCCGUCCACUGGAGGAGCUGACUAAGGAAGACCAAUUCAUUCUACGUUUCGGGAAGAUCGCCCGUCUAAACCAGCGAAUAAACACGCUUACCUUCAUGGGCAACUUCCCAGAGAGUGUCAAACGCCUGCAACCGCAACUGAACUCCAUCAUUGCUGCGUCCAUGUCCAUCAAGUCUUCAGAUAAACUGAAAAAGAUCUUAGAAAUUGUUCUUGCCUUUGGUAACUAUAUGAACAGCAGUAAGAGAGGUGCGGCCUACGGUUUCAGACUGCAGAGUCUUGACCUCCUGUUGGAGACUAAGUCCACCGACCGCUCCCAGACGCUACUUCAGUUCAUCACUAAUAUCGUCCUUGAAAAAUACCCAGACCUAGUCAACUUCCACACCGAUCUACACUUUAUAGACAAAGCUGCUCUUGUAUCCCUGGACAGUAUUCUCCAAAAUAUCCGGUCAUUAGAACGAGGAAUGGAGAUGACCAAGAAGGAGUUCCUGGUGCAGGAUGACAGCCCGGUGUUAAAGGAAUUCAUCAAAACAAACAGUGAGCACCUGGAGUCUCUGAUCAAAGACAGCAAGACGGCACAGGAGGCUUAUGCCUCUGUUGUGGAGUAUUUUGGAGAGAAUCCCAAAACCAUGCAGCCUUCCAUGUUUUUCCCGCUGUUUGGGCGUUUCAUAAAGGCUUAUAAGAUAGCACAGCAAGACAUUGAGCUGAAAAAGAAAAUAGAAAAGGAGAGUUCUGAGGAAAAAGAAGCACCAUCUCCAAACAAGCCUGCAGCACAAAAGGGCCCCACGAUGCCGAAGAUGGAUCUGAUAGCAGAGUUAAAGAAGAGGCAGGUGAAAUCUCCGGUACGAGAGGGAAAAGAUGGUGCACUGGAGGAUAUUAUUACAGAUCUGAGGACAGCACCUUACAGACGCUCAGACGGUCGUCGACCAGCUCAGCGCCAAGAAACUUGAGUCAAUUUGGCUUAUUUUAAGUGAUUUUGAUGAAUAUGAAAUAUACACUCAAAUAUACAAGCAACUAUAUCAAGCUUUUAGAAUAUGAUGUAUGUACAAUAUAACAUGAACCGCAUCAGUCAUUUGGCAUUGUGUAUUAACUAUAUUUUGUAGCAUGACUUAGCUAUGUAAAUACAGAAAAUGCAAGAAUUUUACCAAUACGUUCACCAACGUCGAUUCAUCAAGACAAUCUAUCUUUUCUAUGCUCCAUCAAUGUACUUGUAUGCUCUAAAAUUGUAAGACUGUUUAAAAAAUUCAUGAUUUAUUUUUAAAGUAAACAUUUUUGUAACCACUGUAUUUUGUAUUUGUUUUCUUUAUGACCUGAGAAGUGACUCGGGUGUCUUAAAGCAGAAGGAAUAAAGCAAGAUCAGACUGUACAAGAGGGCUGCACUUUAUUGGACACACAAUCACAGCAAAUUAUGUACAAAAGAAGGCAGGUUGAGGCGCCUGCUGUCUUCUCACAAAAAGAAAAAAAAACACACAUUUCUCACAAAAUAUCAUGGCAUCCACACUGAUAAAAUUAUCUCCAGUAUCAGUAGGCAUUUAAAUUUUAUAUAUCUCAUAUAAUUGAUCUAUUUUUUGCAGUUAUUUUUGUUCUUAUGUCACACUACUCUACAAAUGGGAGAACAGUAGAUGAUUUCUCAUGUUGGGGUGCGUUCAAGCCUUCUGAUCCCUGGAUGUUCAACACUCCCAGUCACUAUCGUCAUCACGUAACUUCACAGUAAGACUGAACAUGCCCGUGUCACACAUACUAAAAUAACGUAUCGUUUCUGUUUGUAAACCUCAAACAUAUAUACCCACUUCUUUGACUGUUUCUUAUAACUUUGAAAAAACAUGUACUGUACGUAACUUUUUUUUUUUUUCUAAACUGCACCGUGCGUUUGCUUGAGACUAUACAUGCAUUGUUUUUGUAUAUACCUUUGUAUCCAUCAUCAUAGUUUAUAAUAAAACAUCUUUUGGACAUAA